AUGCCUGGAGCUAAGGAAGGAGAAGAUCGAAUCUACAUGAAAAUCACUGGCAUGAUGGUCCAGAUAUUGAUUGACAUGGCCCCAGAGUAUUGCAAAUACGUUGUAUUCAAGAACGGAAAGCGAGUGAUCUAUGUGCAGGUACUACAUGCCAUAUAUGGGAUGUUGCAAUCAAGCCUCCUAUUCUAUAAUCAGUUACAAAGUGAUUUGGAGGCAAAGGGAUUUGUUUUUGAUCCGUAUGACCCGUGUUUUGCUAACAAAGUUGAUAAUGAAAAACAACAAACUAUAAGGUUUCAUGUUGACGAUGUUAUGUCAAGUCACAUGGACCCGAAAGUGGAUGACAAAUUUGCUGAGUGGUUGAACAUGAGAUAUGGUUCGAUCAAGGCAUGCACAAUCAUCAGAGGAAAGAUACACAGAUAUCUUGGAAUGACUUUGGAUUUCUUGGUGAAAGGAAAACUCAAAAUCCGCAUGGGCGACUAUGACAAGAACAUGUUGGAAGCUUUUCCUAUCAAGUUCAACAAGGAUUCAAAGCAGGAAACACCAGCUGGUAACAAUUUACUGGAAGCUGGUAAAGGGAAGUUACUCGGUGCUGAGUACCGUCAGAUCUUCCAUACUACUGUUGCAAGGGGGCUUUAUGUCUCUAAGAAAGCUCGUUUGGAUAUCCAUCCAACGAUUACUAUUCUUGCCUUGAGAGUUCGAGAACCCACAGAGUCUGAUUGGAAGAAUCACAUGGACCCGAAAGUGGAUGACAAAUUUGCUGAGUGGUUGAACAUGAGAUAUGGUUCGAUCAAGGCAUGCACAAUCAUCAGAGGAAAGAUACACAGAUAUCUUGGAAUGACUUUGGAUUUCUUGGUGAAAGGAAAACUCAAAAUCCGCAUGGGCGACUAUGACAAGAACAUGUUGGAAGCUUUUCCUAUCAAGUUCAACAAGGAUUCAAAGCAGGAAACACCAGCUGGUAACAAUUUACUGGAAGCUGGUAAAGGGAAGUUACUCAGUGCUGAGUACUGUCAGAUCUUCCAUACUACUGUUGCAAGGGGACUUUAUGUCUCUAAGAGAGCUUGUUUGGAUAUCCAUCCAACAAUUACUAUUCUUGCCUCAAGAGUUUGA